AGCAGCCCCGGGGAAUGCGGCGGCCGCGACCCCUGGCGCCCCUCCGCGAGUGCGCCGCGCCCCUCGGCCGCCUGCCCCGCGGGCCCCCCCCAUGGCGGCGCGGUGGUUCAAGGAGUUUCCGCUGAACCUGAAGACGGCGUCCGAGCGCGCCCGCCCGGGGGGCGGCGGCCGACUGCGCAAGAACUCGGAGGCGGGCGGCGCCGCGCCGGCCCCCGGCAAGGGCCGCAAGAACUCGGCGGCCGAGCUGGGGAGCGGCCGGGCCUGCGGCGGCGGCGGCGCCCCCAGGGACAGCCGGCCGCCCCGGGACAGCCUGCAGGGCCUGAUCCAGGCCGCCGCGGGCAAGGGCCGCAAGAACUCGCGGGCCGCCGAGGACGAGCCGCACCGGGGCGUGGCCAGGAGCGCGGGCUGCAGCACCUACAUCAGCAGGCUCAUCAAGGUGGACGCGCAGGAGAAGAACGGCGGCGGCGGCGGCGGCGGCGGCGGCAGUAGCCCCAGCUCCAGCGCCUCUUCCUCCGCGUCCUCUUCGCCUGCCUCCCUGGGCCCCGAACCGGACAAAGGCAAGGUCGUGAGGCAGCAAGACACGGUCAUCAUUCUAGAAGACUACGCCGAUCCUUACGAUGCCACGCGGACAAAAGGUCAGAGGGACGCAGAGAGAGUGGGAGAGAAUGACGGGUACAUGGAGCCCUAUGACGCGCAGCAGAUGAUAACAGAAAUCCGACGCCGAGGUUCCAAGGAUCCCUUGGUGAAGGCCCUUCAGCUGCUGGACGGUCCCUGCGAGGCGGGCGACACCGGCACGAAAUCGGAGACGUCAGCCAAGAGACGGAGCUCCAAGGACCUCCUGGGGAAGCCCCCCCAGCUGUACGACACGCCUUACGAGCCCACGGACGGCGGCUCCAGGACAGAGGAGCGGAGGACACGACUGCCCGCGGGGGACGAGAGGCCAGCGGCCGAGUACGAGCAGCCCUGGGAGUGGAAGAAGGAGCAGAUUGCCAGGGCCCUGUCAGUUCAGUUUGAAGGCUCUGAGCGACCUUCCGUCAAGGAGGACGCGGUGAGGCCGCACCCCCGUCAGAAGAGCUGGACCCCGAAGGUCUUGAAGCCGGCCGCCUCCGAGCACGGCGAGGGCGAGAAGGUGGACCCGGCCCUGCCGCUGGGGAAGCAGCCUUGGUACCAUGGCGCCAUCACCCGUGCGGAGGCCGAGAGCCGGCUGCAGCCCUGCAGGGAAGCUGCCUACCUGGUCCGCAGCAGCGAGUCCGGGAGCAGCCGGUACACCAUCGCACUGAAGACUAGCCAAGGGUGUGUGCACAUCAUAGUGGCCCAGACCAAAGACAGCAAGUACACGCUGGACCAGACGAGCGCGGUCUUUGGCAGCAUCCCCGAAGUGGUGCAUCACUACUCCAGCGAGAAGUUGCCUUUCAAGGGGGCGGAGCGCAUGACCUUGCUGCACCCCGUGCACAGCAAGCUGCACUGAGGUCCGGCCAGGCCCCUCCUCCCGCGACGUCGGCGCCCAGCCAGCAUCCCGGGGGGGCGCGAGGCGGGGACCGCACCCCGGGACUUGGCGCAAAGUGAGUCUCCGUCCAGGAGGCAGAACCUGGGGUCCCAAAUCCAUUCCGCACACUCGGUCGCUGAGCUGUUGCUUUUCCACAAUGAGAAAUCACGGUUCACCGGCUGCCUCCGCUCUCUGGGGUAGCUGUUCUGUUCGGGGAGGGGAGACUCCCAGGAAAGGUGAGUCAGGAGGCCAGGAAUGUUGCUGUCCAAACACGUGCUAGUUGUCACGUGGCGGACCUGGUCUCUGAACAAACCGACAAAAAUGCAACUGGCACCAACGCGAGGCAAUAAAAAUGGUCACGUGGGCCCCGGGAGCGCAGGUUACGGACCCCAGUUUUGGGGAAACUGACGAAGAGUGGGAAAUGAGCGAACAGCAGGUGAUCUGGAGAAAGCCGUGGAGUCCGUGAAGAUUCACAAGUCUGACAAGAUUACUUUGUUGCUCAGCCUUCUAAGAAAGGUGUGUUUUCUCAAUCUCUGGGGACUUUUUUAUCAUUAUUCAUAGAAGCAUAAAGAGGCAGGAAGACGCCCUGACUUAAGAUUAUCAGCAGGAUAAAUUAAGCCUUGGCGUCGUUUUAAUUCGGAAUUCUAGAAUGAGAUACACAACAAGUCUGAAAAUUUGAAAAGCUCAGCAGCCUCGAGCUGGAUGGUUUUCGCUGGAUGGUUUUGCAGAACCCUACUACCUUUGUUCCAUCCUUGGGCAUUUCGGCUGUCGGGGCUGGUUUUUAAUAUUUGCUCCCUAGUUUGAUUUGCUUUGUGUUUGGGAGUAAAUGUUAAGUAUACGCAUAUAUGUACCUCUCUCCGUCCGUCCCUAGGAUGUGACUGCCCGUGCUCCCCUCCGAAACGUGCAGUGUCUCCUGGGCUGUGCAGAGCAGGCCAGCUCCCGGCAUAAAGAUAUUUCUAAAGAGACCGAGGUUUCCCUACUAAGAUAUUAAAUUAAUAUUCCUAGUCUGCUUACCUUCAUGGUUUAUUGGGAACUUACAUUGACCGUUGACUUACUGUGAAAAAAUUAUGUAAAAAACCACGAGAAUGGCUUCCUGUGAGGAGACCCCGGGGACGGCCAGCGGUCAGAGCCCAGCAGACGCUUCUGUGUUCCGGGUCUGCCGCGUGGACCUCAGAACUGGCCCGCGUACACGUGCACCGUCAUCCACGAAAAGCUCAUUUUUGUGGCUCCUUUUAAAUACACGGAAGAAGUUGAUUCGGUUAAUUUUUAGGAAAGCAUAUCUUUCUGGUUAGUACUCAUUCUGUCACGAUUUAGAGGUUAGUAAAUCCUUGCUUCUUCAUUCAGUUAAGGUUGUCGCCAACGGGUUGCGUGAUCUUGGAUUUAAAAACUUGAGAGGAACCUUUUCUUACCGAAUCUCAAUGAUUUUAUUAAUAAGAGUCUCCUGUGUUUUAAAUACUGACAGAAUGUUUUCAGUGUGUAUCCGUCCGUGUGUGACAUCUUUGGCACAAGAUUUUUUUUCUUACUUUUACCAUCUACCGUUCCAAUUCCAAAUCAGCAAAUAUUUAUUAUCUUCCAUAUGCAAAUCACUUAUUAAACUUAUUUUUAGUUCAACAUUCUAAAAGUGAAACCGUAUUUUCUACUUAGACUUAUUCUACAGAACACAGCGGUUAUCCUAAUUGUAAUAAAUGCUAAAAGCUUUGUACAGUUUUUCCUUGUGCACUAAAUGGUUACUGUCGCCCCCGCCCCCCAACUGAGGAGCGUGCAGCGAAAUGACAUUUCGACAGCAAACCCGAUGUGUUACGUGUUCAUUAAGCUUCGAUCACACGCUCAGUAUUGUGCUUUCUCUGCAGUCAUGACUCGUGACCUCCUUCAUGCGCCUGGAGGUAGACGUGUGGGCUUGUAAAUGGUGCAGCUCCCUCAAACCAGACGAGAGGUUGCAACCAGAAGAGGUUGUAACCAGAAGGGACGGAGUAAGUCAGGAGGGGGCUCGCCUGCUGUGCUCUUCCCCGCGGAGGAAAGCCAGGGGCUUCCCGGCUUCAGGUGCCCUGGAAUCACUUCGGCCCAGCAGGUGUCACUAGAGGCUUCCUGGGGUUGGGGGCGCGGCUCCUGGGCCAGCUGAUCCCAAACCCUGUGACGCGUUUCCACUCUGGGCUCCGAGUGCUUGGGUUUUUUGUCAUCUUGUCUUGAUGCAAGUAUUUGGCCAUAGUCUUCAUCCUUGUGCGUUACCCCGGUCUCCCAGGGUAUUUUCCGAUUCCUCCUAAAGAGGAUCACGUCCUCUAGCAAAUCUGUGCUCCCUGGCCUUGAAUAUGCCAUCCUCGGGCUUCGUCCGUCUGUGACCCUUCUCCAUCACCGGCCCGUUUAAAAAAUGAUGAAUUUAGUAACUUCAUUUCCAGCCUAUAGGACAUUUCUUUUUACUUUGCUACCAUAGCUGUUUCUCUCAGGAUGGAUUUCAACCAGUGGAGUUGCAGAUCUUCAAUAACUAGGAGUAGAAUAACGGAGCGUUACCAUGUGUCCAAAAAGGAGAGUAUUGAUAUGCCGCCUCUAUUGGGGAGAGAAGUGUCCUUUUAAGUUUUCCAAAGUACUGUCUUCUUACGUGUUUAAAAAAAGAGCCUUUAUUCUUUGCUGA